GAACGGAACAAGUUUGUUGCUGGCCGCGACACGCGACGGAGUGUGAAUUAAUGCUUGAGGGACACAUAUUUUUCCAAGUGAAUCCGGUGUGUUAUCCGUGAGUGGUGCGGAAGAAGCUUCAUAAAGCUAGAGACUAAUUGUGAAUAAUUCAGGGAAUUGUGAGGUGUACUACCUGAACGGGGCUGGAGAUAAGCCUGAGGUGAAAUUUGUUCCGAAUACCAAGUGACGAAUUCAAUCACGUAGCAUUUGGUGAUAAUGACAACCUACACCGACAAGGGCCCGAAACCGAAUGGCGGCAAGUUCCUGUGCUUCGAUCAUCUCACCUUCUACGUGGGCAAUGCAAAACAAGCGGCCAGCUACUACACCACCCGCAUGGGAUUCGUCGAGCUGGCAUACCAAGGACUUGAAACCGGUAGCCGCAAGCUCGCUAAGCACGUAGUUCGCCAGAACAAAAUCACGUUCGUAUUCGUUUCGGCAUACGAGCCGGAAAAUACCGAGCUGGGAGCUCACCUGGUCCGUCACGGUGAUGGUGUGAAGGAUGUAGCUUUCCAAGUCGAAGACUUGGAUAUUAUUGUGAAGCGAGCCAAGGAACGAGGUGCCGUCAUGGUUCGCGAUAUCUGGGAAGAAAGCGAUGAAUUCGGAAAGGUGCGUUUUGCAACCGUCAAAACGUACGGAGACACCCAGCAUACAUUUGUGGAGCGGAAGAACUAUCGGGGAGUGUUCCUACCCGGGUACAAAGCCCCGCUCUACGAUGAUGCAUUAGUGAAAACGCUGCCGCCAAUCAAUUUGGACUUUGUCGAUCACGUAGUCGGGAAUCAGCCCGACUUACAGAUGGAAUCGACAGCUGCCUGGUACGAGAAGGUUCUGAUGUUCCACCGAUUCUGGUCCGUGGACGAUAGUCAGAUUCAUACCGAGUAUUCCGCACUGCGAUCGAUUGUUAUGACCAACUACGAGGAAACGAUCAAAAUGCCAAUCAACGAGCCGGCCAAAGGCAAGAAAAAAUCGCAAAUCGAAGAAUACGUGGAUUAUUACGGCGGCGCCGGAGUUCAACAUAUCGCGUUGAAUACCAGUGACAUUAUAUUGGCAAUUAAAAAUCUUCGCGCGAGAGGAAUGCACUUCCUUUCUGUGCCGGACACGUACUACGAACAGCUGCGAGAGCGACUACGAAUCAGUAACGUAAAGAUCAUUGAGGAUAUGGACGUCCUGCAGAAGUUAAACAUUUUGAUCGAUUACGACGAAAACGGAUAUCUGUUGCAAAUUUUUACCAAAAACAUGCAGGAUCGACCAACGCUGUUCCUGGAGGUUAUUCAGAGACGCAAUCAUAAUGGAUUCGGUGCUGGUAAUUUCAAGGCACUGUUCGAAGCCAUCGAAGCUGACCAGGAGAAGCGAGGGAAUUUGUAACGUGCGAAUUGAUCUACACUAUCGACUGGACCACGCUAUCACGCUUACCACUGGACAUGGGAGGAACUUAUGUUAGUUUAUAGACGAACCGUGGAUACCUAACCCUUUAGUAUUAGCUCUAGGAUAAAUAAACCGUUCUUGAUUUAA